AUGAUGCAGGCUCAUGCUUCGCAAGCACUUGGUGUGCGAGCUGCUGCGCCGGCGGAGGAACCUCUGCAGACGACACCAAUCGUCGACGCCUCGCCGAAGACGAUCCUCGCCGCCGAGACUACGAAACAUCACGCAACCAGAAGAGCAAGCGCAAGAAGCUCACGAGAAAUCAAGGAACUUUCGAGUGACAACAACCUCGAGACAACUAUGUGCUGCCCUGAUGGCGACGAUUGCUGUGCGUGUCUAGCUGGCAUGUGUUGCGCCUCGUGCUGUCUUUCGGCAGCCUCUGCGGGAGACAAUGACCGUAGGGAUCAACGUGACUAUGAUUCACGCUCCCCGAAACAAGUGUACGUUCAACCAGUGGUUGUGCAACAAGGCUACGAGUACCAGCCGCAGGGUUAUGGACCGCCGCAAGGCUACGGACCGCCGCCUCCAGGAUAUGGACCUCCGCCCCCGCAUCGCGACUACUACUAAAAACUACUUCGAAGUAUUAAUUCUUGAAGCACACUUUGAUGAAGAGUACUGUCAGCAAGAUACUUAAACCAAACACUUCGUAAUACAUGUACAUGUAGAAAAUG